AUGGCCAGGAGUCCGCCUGCGCCCCGUUGGGCAAUGCUGCUCUCUUUGGUUAUCCUCAUCGGAUGCAUUGUCGUCCCCGGUUUGGCGGUCAAACAUCAGGAUUUCAAGACAUGCGAGCAGUCCGGAUUCUGCAAACGCAACCGUGCCUACGCCGAUAACGCCUCUGCCCAGGGCACUUCGUGGAGCUCACCUUACGAGCUUGACCCCGCCACUAUACAUUUCAAGGAUGGACUUUUCACCGGAGUUAUCAUCAAAACAACAGCCACCAAUGAGAAGGUCCGGUUACCUCUUACGGUGUCAUUCUUGGAAUCCGGGGCCGCCCGAAUUGUGGUGGAUGAAGAGAAGCGAAUGAAGGGCGACAUUGAAAUGCGCCAUGGUAGCCAAGCGAACAAGAAGCGAUAUGAUGAAACUGAAAAGUGGGUUAUCGCUGGGGGUCUGACAAUCAGCAAGUCGGCCACAUUGAAUGCUCAGAGCGAAACUGGGUUUACCAACAUUCUAUACGGACCGGGCGACAAAUUCCAGGCCAUUAUUCGUCAUGCGCCAUUCGGGGUUGAUUUCCAAAGGGACGGACAGACCCACGUUCAGUUGAACCACCAGGGCUUGUUGAACAUGGAGCACUGGCGGCCGAAAGUGGAUGGCAAAGAGGGCGAAUCCGGCGAGGACGAGAGUACCUGGUGGGAGGAGAGUUUUGGCGGAAACACCGACUCGAAGCCUCGUGGUCCCGAGAGCGUUGCUCUUGAUAUUACGUUCCCCGGUUAUAGUCAUGUGUAUGGUAUUCCAGAGCACGCAGACUCGCUCUCGCUCAAGGAAACUAGAGGUGGAUCUGGCAAUCAUGAGAACCCUUACCGUUUGUAUAAUUCUGAUGUUUUCGAGUAUGAACUCGAGAGCCCGAUGACUCUGUAUGGAGCUAUUCCCCUCAUGCAGGCCCACCGCAAGGACUCAACGGUCGGUGUCUUCUGGCUUAACGCGGCGGAAACUUGGAUUGAUAUUGUCAAGUCGACUGACUCCUCCAACCCUCUCUCUUUGGGCGCCCGCUCGAAGACAAAUACUAAAACCCAUUGGAUCUCUGAAUCUGGUCAGAUUGACUUGUUCAUUUUCUUGGGACCUUCACCACAUGAUAUCAGCAAGACAUACGGCGAGCUCACUGGAUAUACACAAUUACCCCAACAGUUCGCUAUUGGAUACCACCAAUGCCGUUGGAACUAUGUCACAGACGAGGACGUCAAAGAAGUCAACGCUAAAUUCGACAAAUACCAGAUUCCGUACGACGUCAUUUGGCUGGACCUUGAAUACACGGAUGACCGGAAAUACUUCACCUGGGACUCUCUCACCUUCCCCGACCCUAAGGGUAUGCAGCACAAGCUGGACGAAACUGAGCGAAAGCUUGUAGUUUUGAUUGAUCCCCACAUCAAGAACACCGACAAGUACUUCGUUUCCGAGGAACUCAGAAGCAAGAACCUCGCUGUGCUGAACAAGGAUGGCGACCUUUACGACGGAUGGUGCUGGCCUGGUUCCUCAAACUGGGUCGAUUGCUUCAACCCUGCAGCCCACCUUUGGUGGGCCACCCUCCACAAAUAUGACAAGUUCAAGGGAUCGCUUCAAAACCUGUUCAUCUGGAACGAUAUGAACGAACCCUCUGUUUUCAACGGCCCUGACAUGACUAUGCCCAAGGACAACUUGCACUACGGUAACUGGGAGCAUCGUGAUAUUCACAAUAUUAACGGUCUGACUCUUGUGAAUGCCACCUACAAAGCAAUGCUGGAGCGUAAAAAGGGCGAGAUGCGCCGGCCCUUCAUCUUGACGCGCUCGUACUACGCUGGUGCCCAGCGUGUGUCCGCCAUGUGGACCGGUGAUAACCAGGCUACCUGGGAGCACCUGGGGGCUAGUCUUCCCAUGGUUUUGACCAAUGGUAUUGCAGGUUUCCCCUUCGCCGGCGCGGAUGUCGGAGGAUUCUUCCACAAUCCCGAUAAAAAUCUUUUGACACGGUGGUACCAGACGGGUAUUUGGUAUCCCUUCUUCCGUGCGCACGCUCAUAUUGAUACUCGUCGCCGCGAGCCGUAUCUGAUCAGCGAGCCGCAGCGGUCCUACAUCGCUCAGGCAAUCCGUCUGAGAUAUCAGCUUCUGCCUGCUUGGUACACUGCCUUCCAUGAAGCCUCCGUCAACGGCACACCAAUUGUCCGUCCUCAGUACUACAUGUUCCCAGAGGACGAGCAAGGCUUCGCCAUCGAUGAUCAGCUGUACCUAGCCGGCACCGGUCUUCUGGUGAAGCCCGUUGUACAGGAGAACACUUACAGUGCAGAGGUUUACAUCUCUGACGACGAAAGGUACUACGAUUACUUCGAUUUCACCGUCUAUCAGGGGGCAGGAAAGCGACACACUGUCCCUGCUCCGGAGGAGAAGGUGCCUGUGCUGAUCCAGGGCGGUCACAUCAUCCCCCGCAAGGAUCGUCCUCGUCGCAGCAGCGGCCUCAUGAGAUGGGACCCGUAUACAUUGAUUAUUACCCUCAACAAGAACGGCGAGGCUGAAGGAAGCCUCUACGUGGAUGAUGGUGAGACGUUCGAUUACGAGCGUGGCGCAUAUAUCCACCGCCGCUUCAACUACCGUGAGUCAGUGUUGUCGUCGGAGGACAUUGGAACCAAGGGACCCAAGACUGCGGAGUACCUUAAGACCAUGGCUGGUGUGACAGUCGAGCGUGUGGUGGUUGUCGACCCUCCCGUCGAAUGGAAGGUCAGGAACACCGUUACUGUGAUUGAAGACGGGGCCAAGGCGGGUUCCACGGCCUCACUAGAAUUCUUUGAGCAGGAGAGCGGGAAAGCGCCCUAUGCUGUGGUGAAGAAACCCAAUGUCAGCAUUGGAAAAACAUGGCGGAUUGAAUUCUGA